UAACAGACGCCACAGAAAAAAUAAUAUCAUGGCAAUAAAACCUGAAUCGCAAUGAACUAUUAAAACAAUACAAAAAUAUCUCUAUUAAUAAACGUAAAGACAUGCCAUUAUGAAGUAUGUGCCAUUGACUUUGACACGUUAAUUCAAAAAAUAAAAAAAAUCAACAAAUACUUCUUAAAAAAUGAUUAGGGUGUAUAGAAAAAAGUUGUGUCCUACGAGAGAUACGGAAGAAAUAAAGAAAGCAAGAAUGAAAAUAUUGCAUAGAGCAAUAAUCGGUUCUGAUGCUCCUUAUAACAACCAAUUUGUUGAGUUAACCAUGGUGGAAUACAUUACGUUAAUAAUAAUCCUUGAAUGCAGCUUGGGAAACAUUGUUUUAUUUGUUGAGAUGGUAGUUAAACAUGGACCGUUUUUCGUGAGUCUUGCGUAUAUUUUAGUAACAAUCACAGUUACAAUGCCGUUUCACAUGCUUCUAAUGUUUUUGGGAAGUUAUUCGAAGCAAAGUUUUAUUACCAUGUUUUCUUGCGCUCCGUUAUUUGAAGGUUUAGGUUACGUCGUGGCGUGGAUUCGCCUCACCGCCGAAUUGUACAGUUGUUCGACAGCCGCAACAGCCUUAUUAGUUUUCUACCAUUGCCUGACCAGCCAAUUCAAAGCUACAUUUUGUAACGGAGUAAUUAAAGCUUCUCGUCAAGGAGUAAUUUGUCUACCGGUCCACAUAAACCACGUUCGCAAUUACACUUGUUCGUCUAAAUCUUUGAUCAGACAUUAUUCUGCAACUCAAUAUUAUAUAAAGAAAAAUGUAUUGAAUUAUGGGUUACUGAAACAUUCCACACUCCCGAUUGUGAAUAAACCACUUUUAGCGUUCCAAUUUGUAACUUGGCUCUUAAUAUUUAUAUUAUCUUUGCAUGGUAUAAAACGACUAAAGAGUAUGACGAUUAAUCUAUAUUUUGUGAUUACAUUCGUGAUGCUUUUGUCGAUUUUCAUAUCGCUUUUUCAUAAUCACGAUAUGGUUCAUGUCAAUAGAGCCGUGCUGUUUGGACUGAGAACAAAUUUCUUUACAUCCGAUUUUUGGUCAGACAUAUUUUUAUAUACUGUGAGACCAACCGGUUUUGGAUAUAUAAUCUGGCUGUCAACGAUCAAACCAAAAUCGAUAGACACAAAAUUUGCAAUUAUUUUAGCGUCGCAUAUAAAAAUUGUCAUUUUCUCGUUCAUCGCCUGUACAAGUUCUUUAAUAUGUCAAGAACUCCUGUAUCAUUUGAAACUCGUCAAUUCAAAAUGUCUAGUAAUUACCGGUUUCCAUAUACUUUUCUCCUUCAUCCCCGAUAUUUUAGACCAAACUGGAAUCCGUCGAUUAACUAUCCCCAUUUGGUACAGCGGCCUUUUUUACAUCGGUAUUCUAGCACCACUUUACAAUGUAAUCUGUCUUUCUGAUUCGAUAAGCCAACGUUUCCCCGUAUUAAACCGUUACAAAUUCUACGUUUACUCUGCGAUUUGUGCCGGAAGUUUUCUUUUCAACGUAGUCAUACUUACCAGCAUCGGCGGUUUCUUUGUCGCCUCUUUCAAACGAUGUUCAAAACCGUUCGUCGUUUCCGGAUUAUUUUUACUUUUCAAUACGGUUCUAUUUUUCGCGUAUUCAAGUCGACGCAUAUUAGACGAUUAUUUAUUUACUUUUGGAGUAAAUCCGGAAAAAUAUUGGGUAACGUUUUGGAAAACUUCGCCUAUUCUUGCUAUUUCCGUAUUUAUUUUCGUCGCUUAUAACCACGAAUAUCGAUCGUUUAUAUGUGGAGGGAGAGGAUAUAUUCCGAUUUUAGCGUAUCUUUAUGCAGUUAUGACGUUGGCUCCGGUUUUGUUAAUUGGAAUGUAUCGGUGUUGCGUUAAUCGAGGAAAAAAGGAUGAGAAAGCUAUUGAAAGUAAUGAGAAGUGGAGUCCGUUUAAUCCUAUCGAUAAAGAAAAUAGAAAGAACUUUUUUCCAAAUCGGGAAAUACGGUACAGGAUGACGACGCUCAAGUGUAAACAUCGAUGCAGCCGUUCCUUUCCGGCCGAAUAUCAAAAAUGGUGUCGUAUUGAGCACGUUAAACUGGAUAAGUUAGAAGUUGAAUGGAAUGCCUAUGUUGAAAAGAUGGGAGAUGUUUCAAUGGAGAGUACGACAAUGGACGAAAGAACUGUAACAAAAAGUGUGAUUUCCAGUGAUAGUUGAAUGUUAUGAAGACUUUUAAUAUAUUAUAUACAAUAUCUACGAAUUUUGUUUAGUAAGAUAUUUAUCUUUCUGUAUACCAUUUUGAUAGGAAAUAUAAAUUUUUUUCUGUCAGAUUUA